CUGCCUCGGUAACGACGCCGCACGGAGGCUUAACUGCCUCGUAACAAAUCGCCGAACUGACUACUUUACGAGCAAGGGCAUAUACGUCAUUUCCUAUAUCCUUCCCGCUUCAAUUGCUUCACCAUCGUCUCCAAUUUUACUUCCCAAGAGUUCACAAUCGCAGUCGCAGAAGAAGAGAAUCCAGGCGAAUAGAGAGAGACAGAGAAGAUGGUGUUUAACGGAGACUACAGGAUCGCUUUCGUUACCUGCUUCGUUGUUGCUCUCAGUGUCUACGUCGCGCUUUACGGCCUCGAAUUUGACAACGGCAUUUUCCGUAUCCCCCGUUUAACCAUAGAUUCCCCGGAGAAUCGUACCGCCGGCAAGGUUUCGGAGAAAUCGCCCUUCGACGAGGAUUACAUGGCCAUGUACAUGUCUAUCGCCGAAGAUAUCGAUCGAUCUUACUCCCUCCACUACGAUUUCUACCGAGAAUCUUGCCCUUCCGCCGAGAGAAUCAUCGCUAAAGGUAUCAGAGAAACCUACAAUUCCAGACCUAGCAUAGCUCCGUCUCUCAUCCGCCUCCUCUUUCACGAUUGCUUUAUCGAGGGAUGCGAUGCAUCAGUCCUUCUAGACGCAGAUGAUACUUUUACUUCUGAGAAAGAAGCGCCUCCGAACCAGUCCUUGAAAGGGUUUGAUGUGAUUGACGCCAUUAAGUCUGAGUUAGAGAACGUCUGUCCCGGUGUUGUUUCCUGCGCUGACAUUCUUGUCUUGGCUGCUAGAGAAGCCGUCCUUUUGGCUGGUGGUCCAUUUUAUCCUCUGGAGACUGGGAGGAAGGAUAGUGCAUUGGCCUUCAAGGAAAUGGCAGAACGAGAGCUUCCUCCACCACAGGCUAGCCUCUCGGUGAUUCUUGCACGCUUUGCUUCCAGAGGUUUCAACGAGAGAGAAACCAUUAGUUUAUUCGGAGCACACAGCAUAGGCAUUACCCACUGUACGUUCUUUGAGGACCGGCUAUACAACUUCUCGGGAACGGGGAAGCCUGAUCCUGAGCUCAAUACAGGGUUCCUCCAAGAACUGAAAUCCAAAUGCCCCUUCUCUGCCUCGGCUUCGUCUCCAUCGCCAUCCCCUGGCACUGGUUUACCUGAAUCAGAUAGUUCCAAGAGCUACGGUAUGAGCUCGGCAAGCGGGGAUGAUAGAGUGAUCGACUUGAGCUACAACAAUGAAGGAGGUGAGGAAAAUUUUGGAACACGCUACUACAGAAGACUGAUGCAGAAGAAAGGGCUGAUGUUUUCUGAUCAGCAACUAACGGCCAGUGAAGAGACUGAGACAUGGGUUCAAGCAUACGCUUCUGAUCCACAGCUUUUCCGCCGUGACUUUGCCAUGUCCAUGAUGAAGCUAUCAAGUUACCAUGUCUUGACCGGUCCACUAGGUCAAGUCAGAACAACCUGCUCAAAAGUCCUACCAAGUAACUGAUUUGAUUCUCUCUUCACCACUUUAGUUUCUUCCUUUCUUUCUAGUUUACGUUUUGGUUCCCAAAUUCCUUGACGAGAUCAGAGUUUGAAUGUACAGAAAGCUAAAUGAGGCUUGUGGGUUUGAUUGAGGACGCAUUUUAUAUCUUCUGGAUUCAACUAUAAGUUUGGUUCAAUCAUUGUGAAUAUGAAUAUCCCAUUACCAUUUUUUUUUUUCUAUAAGAUCUUUGUUUGUUC